AUGAGUACAAUCUCUCCUAAAAUGUUCGAAAAGCAAACGGUUAUCCAUUCAUCCACGGGCACAAAAUAUCCCGGACCAAAUGCCACAAAUUGUUCUGGUCAACCGGAGAAUAAAACAAACCUGAUUAUCAAUUAUUUGCCACCAAAUAUGAGUCAGGAAGAAGUACGUGCCUUGUUUUCCAGUAUUGGAGAAGUGGAGAGUUGUAAACUGGUACGAGAGAAAACGUCCGGGGAAAGUUUGGGUUAUGCAUUCGUGAAAUUUUAUGAUCCGGCUGAUGCGGGUAAGGCGAUUAAAACGUUAAACGGAUUGCGUCUACAGAAUAAGACAGUGAAAGUCUCUUUGGCUCGACCCAGUUCAGAAGCUAUCAAAGGGGCCAAUUUGUACAUUUGUGGUCUACCGCGUAAAAUGACACAACCGGAACUGGAAAAACUGUUUAGUUCUUGUGGGCAUAUCAUCACAGCUCGAAUCCUGUAUGAUACCAAAACCGGUCUAUCUCGUGGGGUCGCUUUUAUCAGAUACGAUCAGCGCACAGAAGCGGAAGUAGCGAUUCGUCGUUUGAACGGGUAUUUGCCACCCGGAGCAACGGAGCCAAUCACAGUCAAAUUUGCCAAUUCACCAAGUGCGAAUAGAACAGAAAAUNGAAGCGGUUCGACGAAUUCAAACCCGAAUGUAUCCAACAACGCUUCAGCAGAUCUUUGUUCAGCAGCCCCUUGUCGCACCCAUACAAAUGCCCUAUCUGCGAACCAUAGCGGUCCACCUCGACAAUUUUCAAAUUCACGGAAUGCACCUUCGAACAAUGCUUCAAAUGGGCGAACUCCACCUCCACCAGGCUUCGUUUACCAGGGACAUCGUUCGAAUAUAAAUUCUGCUUGUUCAGGCACAACCUGUAACAGUGCCUGUGGAUUCACUAACGAACUGGAAAAUACAUCCGUCAGUCAUGCGACACAAUUAGUUAAUCAAUCUUCCGGGUGCUUCCAACCACCGCUGGUUCAAAAUGGAUACUCGAUCCCGAUAGGGUCUGCCAAUUCGAUGCACCCCAUGAAUACAGGAAGACAGGAUAUUGGCAUGCUUGGACCUCUAACACGACUGACCGGUGCUGCGCGCCUCAAAUGUCAUGCAGCUGCAGCAGUAGCUGCAGCGGCUAUUUCUGGUGGAGCAGGAGUUGGGUUCCGGACCCCAAAUGCUACGCUCGGAAAUCCAAUGGCACCGACUUUUCCCACCGGUCUGCCUACAUUCGGAAUGGAUUUUAUGCGUGGCUUAGGCCCAAGCGCUCACGCAUUACUGGCUCCAGCAUUUGCAGCCAGUUCCGGAGCUCUGACAGCAACCGGGUGGUGUAUUUUUGUGUACAAUUUGGCCCCGGACACGGAGGAAUCCAUAUUAUGGCAAUUGUUUGGACCAUUUGGGGCGGUUCAAACGGUCAAGGUGAUUCGUGAUCCGGUUACCGGUAAGUGCAAAGGAUUCGGAUUUGUCACGAUGAGUAACUACGAGGAAGCCUUGCUGGCCAUUCACUCGUUGAACGGUUUUAAUCUAGGCAAUCGGGUACUUCAGGUGUCGUUCAAGACUACACCUAAUUCGAGACAAAUGAAGUACAUGUCCAACUUUUCAGAAGAUGUCACAAUGGGUGCAAUGCCUGGUUCAUUGACUCCUGUCCCGGGUAGUUUCGGUUGA